GUGAAAAGCCGCCGUGCCAGCCGGGCGACUUCGUCGAAACCACCACAGAGUCAGUGUACCAAUGACUAACGGAUGAAUGUCGUUGUUUGUUGCCAAUCGCUCUUAUUUGCUCUUUAAAAUAAUUCGAAGAAUAUUAAUUAUUCGCCGGUACGUCGUUUUUGUGAUUACAGCUCAAUAAAACUACACUUUGUUAUUGUUUUGAUAUUUUAAACAUACAAUGCGCAUCGAGUGAAUUUCAAACGAUAUAAUAUUGUGAUAAUUUUUUCUCGGUGUCGUCAAUUCGCUAAGACAAAACGUCAUGUAAUCGAAUACGGAUUUUACGAUAAUACUGAUAUCUUGCGAGUCUAGUGCCGUUCAGACGCUCUUACUGUAUCUAUAUAGGUGUCGAAGAUAUUACUUUUGAUAGAGGAAUAAUUCACUGACGUGAAAUUUUGGUCUGUAAAUCUAAUGCUUGUGCCAUAAUGAAGCACGAAAGUCAACACCCUGAGCUAAUUUCAAACGGAAAAGGAAAGCCUUUCAAAAAAAGCAUCAGUUUAGGUGCCCUGGGUCUAGGAAAGCUGUGGAGAAGGCGAUCCGUGACCAUAACUGAGUACGAUCCAUGUUACAAGGUCGUUUAUCUGGGCAACGUCCUCACUGGCAUAGCCAAAGGUGAAAYGUGCGUGGAGAAACCGCUGUGCAGCCUCUGGAAAAACUACACGUGUAACCAGAAACCGGAUGUGCACAUGAAGUUGACCAUCACUCAGUCGGGACUGAAGGCGUUCACCAAGGAGCACGGACUGACCGAAUACUGGAGCCACCGAGUAACCUAUUGCCUGGCGUCACCACAGUUCCCGCGCAUAUUCUGCUGGGUGUACCGGCACGAGGGCCGCAAGCUCAAGCAGGAACUCCGAUGCCACGCGGUCGUGUGUACCAAAGAGUCGGUUGCUAGGCAGAUUGCGGGCCAGCUGCGUGGUCGCUUGGCGCAGGCGCUCAGUGAGUUCAAGCGGGACAAGAUCAGUCGGCAGAACGCACGACUGUCGUUGGCCAACAGUGUGUACGAGAACCCGUCGCUGCCCCGGCGCAAGAUCAUGUUGUCUACCGGGUCGCACAACUACAGGCCGCCGCUGGAACGGUCGAAGUCGGCGCCACGGCUUGUGUCCAUCGAAGAGAGUCUGGAGGAGGACGAAGAACCGGCUGACCCUUGUGCGACGUUUAGGAGGUGCCGAGCAGAGAACCGGUUGCGGACAGGCACACUGCGCAACCGGUUGGGUGGACUCCACGGUUACAGAGAAACGGCCGCUGCCACUGCCGCCACCAUUACUGCUGCUACCGUUACCACCACUAAUUCCUCCGCCGAUGGCACUACCAAUGCCACUGAAAUGGUGAACGAGAUCGAAAACCGACUCACCAAAAACCUGCAGCUCGGGGACCACGGUUUGAUAGACGAUGGUGCACAAUCGUACCAAAAUAUAGAUUGUGAUUCAAGCGAAUCACCACCGUCUUACCAGGACGUCGUAGCCGAAGAUCAAGAGUCAACUUCGUCCUCUUCGUCGUCAACGAUAUGCGAACAGCAGCAACACGAACUGCUUCCCAAGUACAACGAGGUGAUCGUCGACUGUCCGCAAGGUCCGGAAGACGUGUGCUACAAAUACAACAGUCUAGUCCGAGAUAGAAAGAAGCUAUUCGAGAGCAUAGGUGGUGGCGUGGGUGGACGUUGCAAUCAGUUCAAACGAAUAAGCUCGGACUCAGAGCUGCUUGGCGCCUACAACAACCUGGUGAAAAAUCGGAAGCUCCUGUUCGAAGGCUGCCGGGAUGAAGACGGUGACGAUGAUUUGGAUGUAGAUGGAGUGGACUUGGAUGAGGAUAAAGACUGUGGAUAUCCGGACGACGAAUCCACGCCCAGCCUACAGAGCAUAUCCAGCGGUGGAUCAGACGCAUGCAAGAAAAUCACCAUGGAUCUAGACUCCUUAUCGGAGGAGGAGGACAGCGAUGAGAGUGGUUACGUGGAGGCACCACCUUCCCGUUGUCCUGCCGAUGCGGUUCUCCAUGCCGACAAGGAAAAGGAGCUACACAAACGCGGCAAUCACGCCGCGGCCAUCAGGAAUGCUUCUGCCCACCGGGUUGUCACGUAAAUCCGUUUGCUCGAUGUCAUGUGAAAAAGACUUUAAAAAAAAAGAAUUAUUAUUGAUUUUAUCAUUUUGAACGCGUUGGUGGUAUAUCGCAGCCAUGUGUCUGGUGUACGAGAUGGCACAAUAUAUAACGACAUGAUAUGUGUUAUUAUUAUAUUUUUAUAGUAUAUUCCARCUAUUAUUGUUAUUAUUAUUAUUGUUGUUGUUGUUAUCAUUCCAACUGCGUGUGACCCCAGCGUGGGCGAGUGUUAGCCGGACAAGAUACAAGGACGUCGAGAACAGACUAGCUCGUAACGACGAGUAAAAAAAAAUAUUAAAUAUACCAACCACGAGAACAAGCUUCUCCGUGAUCGUCGUCGUAGCUGUUGUUUUCACGCAAAAAAUAAUCGUUACAUUCUUUUAAAUAACUCAUCGCGAGUAGCUUGCAGAUAAAAACUUGUUUUUUUCAACAUUUUUAUUUCUAUUAUUCUUUACAUUGUAAAAAAAAAACCGACCAGUUUCCAAGUAUUAAUUUAAUGUUUUUCUGUACAAAAUGUUACCGAAUACCACGGCUUUUCGUCGACACUUUGUCACUCGCGUUCGCACGAUAC